GAAUGAACAGAAGAAAGAGAUAUCAGAGAUGUGACUAAUAAAGUACGUUGGCAUCACUGAUUUCAAUGCAUUUUGAUGUCAAUAAAUAAAAAAACAAAAAAAAAAAUUGUAAUGAUUUUAAUAAUUUUAAAAGGUUUUAAUUUCGAAUAACCAUAAGAGUAUUCAAAACAAUAGUUCGUUUAGAUACAAAUCUUAGACAUACAAACAUCACUAAAAAAAAACCAUAUCUAAAGUAAUUUAUCACUAGGCCAAGUAUGACUAAUGAGAGGGACAGAGAUUGAAAAACCACUAUUUUUCUUCACUAAACGUUUAAAAAACAAUUAUGAACCGAAUCUUUUAAGUAAACUGAAAGUGUUUCAACUAGUUUUAAUAAUGAAUCGGAUUUGUAAGGAUCUUCAAGUGUUUUUGGUUCUAAUAUGUCUAUGCUAUUGGCUUGACAGCAAUGUUCGGGGGGAGACUAAAUAUUACGUAAAUAGUCCGGUAUGCAAGAUGCCCUUUGUGGAUCCCUUUACCCGGGAUACAAUGAGUGACUUCCACAGGCUAAAUAUGCGACAAUGCCACAACGACAGCGAUAUGGUGACAAGUGAAUUUGAUUUCGAGACACAUCAAUACAGGUUGCAUAUACACGAGCACCUGGCCAAACCCAUUCUCAAGUCAAAGGGAAACGCUACUUUGCAGUGCGAAUAUCAAGAGAUAUCGCGGAAUAACUACGACAAGCAACCCGAUGAAACCUACGAUCAGUUCGCUAGUGUCCCCAUAACGCAACAUCAGUUUGUACCGAAUGACACGAACUUCAUGAUCACCAGCUGCUAUGUGAAGGAUGUGAGGAACCAUCGAGAGCUUUUGCAAUCGGAUGCGUUAGCGUUCGUUGAGGAUCAUCUAACCGAAGAGAACGUCAGGGAUUUUGUGAUGGAACAAAGUGUGAACCCCAAGCCGAGUGUCCUGAUCAUGGGACUGGAUUCCACCUCGCGGAUAAACCUGCGACGGGCAAUGCCAUUGGUCUACGAGUUCGUUAGCCAACCCGGAUGGAUCGAGAUGCAGGGAUACAACAAGGUGGGCGACAAUACCUUUCCUAAUCUUUUGGCCGUGCUGACAGGAGAUUCGGAAGAGGGUGUCAAGGAUGUUUGCGAUGUUCGAAAGCCGGGCUGCCUGGACUCACUGAACUUCAUUUGGAAGCGUUUCAAAAAUGCCAAUUACACGACUGCCUUUGCCGAGGAUUGUGAAUCUAUUUCCACGUUUAACUAUCUGAAACCGGGCUUUGUCGAGCAGCCAACGGAUUUCUAUCUGCGUCCUCUACUUUUGGCUAUUGAAAGACAGUUUAAAGUGACCAGGGACUUUGGAUUUGCCUACUGCGUGGGUCGCCGUCUCAGCUUCAGUUAUGUCUGGGACUUUGGCCAGCAGUUCAUCGAUCGUUUUCUGGGCAGAGCUCCAAUGUUUGGAUUUCUGUGGAGCAAUAGCUUCACCCACGAUUACUACGAGGGUGCCACGGCAUUGGACAAGCUCUUCCGGAAGUAUCUCAAGUCCUUCGAGGAGUCCAAUCUCUUUAGGCAAUCGAUUGUGAUUCUGAUGAGUGAUCACGGCCAUCGAUAUAAUACAUUGAGACGUGCCGCCUCAGGGUAUUACGAGGAGCGCCUGCCCAUGAUGUUUAUCCAUGUACCGCCCUGGUUUCGACGCAAAUAUCCCCAUCUGGUGAAGAAUCUGAAGACGAACGGCAAUCGCUUGUCCUCCAACUAUGACCUCUACAUGACCCUGCAGCAUUUGCUCCAGUUGAAUAGCAAAUCCAUGGAUGAUUUUCCCGAAAAUCUCAAGGCCAGACAGUGCAAGAGCUGCCAGUCGCUGUUCUUUGAACUGCCUUUCAAUCGCACUUGCCAAAUGGCUGGAAUCGAGGAGAAAUGGUGCUGUUGUCAGCCCACGAAAACCAUAACCAAGGCUCCAUAUGUGAAGAAUAUUGCCAAAGUCAUUGUUCAGCGGAUGAAUAAGCAUUUAAGGAGCCAUAAUCUUACCGAUCUCUGCCACGAUUACACCUUGAAAAAAAUCUACAGAGCAGACCGCAAAAACAUCCUGUCGACUGGUCUUAAGCCAGCCGAUAAGGACGAACAUGUGUACAUCAUUGCCUUCGUGACGCGGCCAAAGAAACCUCUUUUCGAGGCCACUGUCCGUUGGAACAAUCGCACCCGGAAGUUGUCCCCCAUAAAAGUGGAGGAUUUGAGUCGGCUGAACUCGUACAGAAACGAUGCCAAGUGCAUCAAUCAAAAGAAUGCCAAGAAAUACUGCAUAUGCAAGGACAGCUUAGACGAACCUAGUGAAGAUUAGCAUAAAAUAUAUUUUAUUUAUAAGCGAAUUUUAUUAGACAACAUUUUUGAAAACUUAUUUAAGAGGUACUUUGUAUUUAGACAUUUGUAUAUUGUGUUUUCAGGUCACAUUACUACUACACCUCGAGGUGUACAAAAAAAUAAUAAUAAAUGCAAGCUAACCCCUGUAUUAUAAUACGUAAUUCAUCAGAGUUUGUAACCAAAAUACGUCAUGAAUUACUCAACUCUGUGACAGUAAUAAAUCACUGGGGAUUAUUCAGUGGCACAUAAGCUUCCAAUGCCAAUAUAAACAAUAAACCCUUGGGUAAAGUAC